ACUUCCCUAGUUUUUAUUUUGGGAUCAAAUAAGACUGAAUUUCUUUCACGACUCUUUAUGCAGCUGGAUAGCUUUCGCUAGCCAGAAAUAUUAACUUUACUGGUAGUAGAGAAGAAAGAAUUGGCCGGAUUUUUAAUUGUGCCCCUUAAAACCGGCUGCUGCAUAAAAUGCCCUUUUUGCUGCUUCAAGUAGUUUUACUUCAGUUAAUUGACAAGUAGACUUGCAAUUUGUUGUGAUUAGACAUGGAAUUGGCCGGGCAAAGAAUUAAUCUUUGUUGUAAGUAUGGUGUUGUGUUAUAUUUUAUGAGGAAUUGCUUCGAUUUGGGUUUAGUCCGGCAGCACACCUUUCCGAUGAUUCAAUGGAGUUGAAAGAUUUUAUCCACUUAAUUAAAAGAGAGGAUGGGAAGUCAAGCUAGACACACUGUAGUAGUAUUGUGGUAGUUAGAACUGGAAUCCAGACAAAAAAGUGUUCGGUGGAUAAGAAUUUCAAAAGUGACCGAAGAUAGAUUGCUUCCAGCUAAAGCUAGAUAGGUUUUCAUGGCCAUGAUCGACCUGCUAAGGAUCUAGGGCAAGUAGAGCAAAUGCGAGCUGGGUAUACAUAAUUAGGGCAAGCUUAAUUUGCAGUACUAAUUUUAUGCAGACUCGAUGGAUCUCAUGCUACUAAAGCUAGCCAUAGCAGUGGUUUCAUCGAUCGGUUUUCUUUUAUCAUUGUAUCUUGUCAUGUCAUUGCUUUUUCACUCCAGAUCUUCUGUCUUUCGUUCUUUCUUUCUUUUAUAAUUAAAUAAUUGAAUUACGGAAUAAACAAAUGAGAUGGAUGUGCAUGGAUGUAUAGAUUUGAGGUUUUGAAUAUGAGUCUAGUACAAAAGCUGCCUUUUCCCUUUCUCCUUCAAACAAGUUUGUUGUUGCUAGCUAGCAAGACGGACAGAUCUGCUUGACGAAGAAGAUAAAUAAAAUCAUGCCUUUUUUGUUGACGUUUUCUUUCAUCUUAUAUAAUGCUUCUGUUGUACAACGUUUUUUGAGUUUGAAUUAAUGCCUUUCGUUCUCUCAUUUCGGAAAACUUGGGAGAUGUUCAAACACUAAGCGAAGUGAACAGUAAAUUUAGUGAGUGAUCGAUCUACUUGAUGAUGUUAUAUGGUGAGUGUUCCAGCAUUCAACGGCCCAUUGACGGCGGCAACGACGACAGUGGUGACGGUGAGAUGUGGUCACUGCGCAAAUCUGCUGUCUGUUAACAUCGGAGCAGCUUCGCUCCAAUACCACUCAACUAGUCCCAGUCCUACCACUACUGCUGCUGCUACUCCUCACCCUCAUCCCCAUACUCAGCAUUAUCAUUCUCACCCUAACAUUUUCGCGCACCAGAAGCAACAUCAGGUGAGCUCUGAGGACUCCUCAUCAAAUAAGGACUACGGAUCUUCAUCAUCAUCGUCUACUUCUUCCAAAUGCAACAAGUUUGCUGCUGCUCCUGCAUUUGAUCAGUCCUCUACUACUGUAGACCAACCAAGAGUCUCUCCCAUUCGCCCACCAGAGAAGAGGCAACGCGUUCCUUCAGCUUAUAAUAGGUUUAUCAAGGAGGAAAUCCAAAGGAUCAAAGCUGCUAAUCCUGACAUUAGCCAUAGGGAAGCUUUUAGCACAGCAGCCAAAAAUUGGGCACAUUUUCCUCACAUUCACUUUGGGUUAAAGCUGGAAAGCAACAAGCAAGCAAAGCUGGAUAAUCAAACUUUUGCAGGAGAGGGAACUCAAAAGUCUACUAAUGGCUUCUACUAAAUUACAAAAGUGAGAUGAUCGAGCAGUACUCAAACAUCAUAUCGAUCACCGAUGGAACCACUCAAAAAUUUAGAGAUUAAUGAAGUCUCCUUGUAACAAAAAUUAGUAUCUAGUACCCUUUGUGUACCAUAUACAUAUAUAUAUGUAGUGUUUAUUCGAAUAAAUUCUUUAUAAUUACGGUAAA